AUGGCAUUUAGCUUCAUUUUCGAUUUGUGGAACAAAUGGAACAUUCGAGGCAUCCUCAUACUGAGCCUCUCGUUUCAGGUCUUUCUCAUUCUAUGUGCACCCCUUAGAAAGAAAAUAUCAAACACCCUCAUUGUUUUCUUCUUAUGGUUGGCCUACUUGAUGGCUGAUUGGCUAGCUACAUUCGGGAUUGGAUACAUCUCUCAUAGCCAAGGCAAGUCAUUCGAUCAUGCUGCUAAAGUAGACAUAGCACUUCAGGCAUUCUGGACCUCAUUUCUAUUGUUACACCUUGGUGGUCCAGACACCAUUACUGCCUUCUCUUUACAAGAUAGUUCACUUUGGCAACGGCACCUGCUUAGUCUCUUCUUCCAAGUUAGUGUUUCCAUCUAUGUUUUUGUGCAAACAUUUUCCAGUGACAAGUCAUUAGUGAUCCCAACGAUAUUGAUAUUUUUUGCCGGGGUCAUAAAAAAUGUGGAGAGGAUACUUGCACUUUUUCUCUCAAGCCUCCCAAUAUUCAGGGUAAUAGGGGCCCUAGGGAAGCAAGAUGUUGCACUGUCGGAGUUAAAGAAAGAACUCGAUGUUCUAGAGUGUGGACAUUCUAAUGAAGAAAGAGCAAAGCUUGCUGAGAGUAUUGUGGUGAAGCAUGCUUACUUCUUCUUUAAUAUCUUUAAGGCCUCCGUGGAUUUUGUAUGGCUACGUAAAAACCGCCAUGUAAGCUGCAAAUAUUUUCACAAAGUUUGUGCAAUAGAUGCAUUAAGGUUGAUAUCAGUCGAACUCAAUUUCAUGUAUGAGGUGCUCCACACAAAAGCGUUGGUAAUACGUUCCAAGUGGAGUUACAUUUUCCGCUUCAUAGCCUUCAUUGAGAUUACGGUGGCUUUUGUCUUGUUCCAUCGCUUCAAGAAGCAUCAGCUCCCCAAAUUUGAUGUGACAAUUACCUAUAUCCUUCUUUUGGGAGGGAUUGCUCUUGAUGUGAUAGCUUUGUUCAUAUUCGUUUUCUCCGAUUGGACUAUUGCCAAAAUCAUGCACCACAAAACAAGACCAUUUGAACCAGAUUCAUUUCUUCUCAAGUUAAUAUCCGCCAUGGCUGACCUGUGGAAGCCUCGACUCACCACACGUAAAGUUGAGUCUAAAGCCAAUGCUACAUAUCAGGUCUUAGGUACACCAUUUAUAUUUCAAAGGUGGUCAGAAUCCAUCUCUGCUUGCAACUUUUUCUCUGAAUGUUUGACAGUGAGGUUGAAAAAUAUGGACAAGAUGAAAGAGCUGCAUAAGUUUAACAAGAUGGACAAGUCGAAAAAGAUGGACAAGUUGAAAAAGAUGGACGAGGGCGUUCAGUGCUGGGACGUCAUCAUCUUUAUGUUCGACGCCAUCAUCUUUAUGUUCCAUGGAUUUUACAAGAUAUUCAUCUAUCUUUUCCGUCUAAGUUGCAGGACAUUCAUCGAAGGGGAAUUACCAAUCCUUAUACUGAUUCCCAAGCGCAGGCUCAAGAAUCCCUUUAUUAAUAAGUUAUGGACGUUUAUCUUCGAGGAGGUGAGACGUAAAUCUGUAUAUGCGCGUAAUCCGAUAGAGACGAGGAUGGUAUUUGAAGCUAGAGGUAAUCUGUUUCUCCAAGGUAGACCGGAGGCAGUUGAUCUUUUAGAGUUUGUCACCAAGCCUACUUACGACAUCAGUGUUAUAUUGUGGCAUAUUGCUACCGAAAUCUGCUAUAGACAAGAGAAUUUGACAAAAAGAAAUGAUGAAAGGGAAUUCAGCAAGAUCCUUUCUGACUACAUGUUUUAUCUUUUACUUAAUCAGCCUAAACUGAUGUCCCCUGUGGCAGGGAAUGCCCAACUCAACAUAGGAGUGUCAAUAAACAAUUUAGUUAUAUAUAUAUAUGACGAGGAUGUCAAGGAUUUCAAGGAUGUGGAGCAGCUGUGCGAGGCACUCUACAAGGCUGUUAAAGUCGAAGUCGUGGAUUGGACAGGCCCGCUCGACUCGUUCUACUCGAUCGAGCUGGGGGUCGCAUUGGUCCGUAAGAUGGAAAGCUUCGGGGAAAGGAAGUGGAAAGUGAUGAGUGGAGUAUGGGUUGAGAUGCUGUCAUAUGCGGCAGGUCAUGUCAAGGAAGAGGCACAUUUACAGGUGUUGAGCAAAGGUGGAGAGCUUCUUACCUUUGUUUGGCUGUUGAUGACUCAUUUCGGUUGUGUCUACAAACCUGAAUGGGGCACCACUAUGGAUUAUUUGUUUGACGAGGAAUCGGAAACAGAGCUCAAAGAUGAAAACGGAAAUCAAGAGGAAGAUGUUAGUACAGUGGAAGCAGAACUCGUCUAA